AUGAGUGAGGAACAGCGGAUCAACGUCUGCAAGACAGGGUUGAACCAGAUCUACACCAUGCUUCGCAACUCGCCACAGAGCUACCGCGACUACCUCAACCUGGGUCGAUCGGUGAUCGCGCACAUCAACUCAACGACGUUCGUGCAACAAGCUGCGCGGACAGCGGAGCAGGCUUGGAUGGUCGCGGGCCUGCAACGACUGGCAGCACUCGACGACGGCAACGGCGCUACCUUGGACAUCACAACCUGGUGCUCGCAACAGUGGAUGCUGUUGCACCAACGAGAUCCUCGAAACGUCGGAGCUCUGCGCGGUCUCGGUCAAGCUUGGAUGACGCGCGCACAACCCGUGCUGUCGAGAAUACACCGAAUCGAUGGGAGCUCAUCUUCCAGCGGCGACAGUGGCAGCAGAUCAGUCAGAUCAAUCACCUCCUCCGAAGACGAACGACAAAAUGCCGCAGCUACCGCGGAGGCUGAACGACGAUCCGGGACGCAGGACUAUGUCGAAGCACGAGGGUACCUCCAGCCCGCGACAGAAUAUCUCGAGCGAGCUGUGGCCGCUGCAAUUGAGCAGGAGACGCUGUCUGGAGAUUUGCUGGCGACGGUGGGUUCUCUCGAGAUUCUGGUCAUUGGAAUUGUGUCUAACGUCGAACAACAGACGGCCGAAGCAUACAUGUCGCUCGGCAACGCCUCGAGUCCGCGGGUCAACGAACGGUUCUUCAGGAGAGCGCUGCAGCUGCUGCGUGCGGCGUCGCAGAUCGAGGGCUACAGCUUAAGCCGUUACCUGCAGCAGUACCUGGACGACUACGGUCGACUGCUCGACUAG